AUGGCAAUAACUCGCUUCAUCUGUCGUCGUGGCCCGCCGUUAGAAGUAUUCUCAGAUAAUGGUACAAAUUUUAAGGGGGCGAGUAGGGAGCUAGUCAACGAAGUACGCAACAUCAACGAGAAUUGCGCAGGAGAAUUAACAUCAGCCCGGUUGAAAUGGAAUUUCAACCCUCCCGCAUCUCCCCAUAUGGGGGGAGUCUGGGAGAGACUAGUUCGUUCAACGAAAGAUGUUCUGAAGACCAUAGAUGAUGGGAAGAGACUGACAGAUGAAAUUCUGACGACUGCAAUUGCUGAAGCUGGGGAUAUCAUCAACAGCCGACCGCUGACCUACGUCACAAAUGAAUCAGAUCAUUCUGAGGCUAUCAGCCCAAAUCAUUUUCUUCGUGGAGUUACACCGAAUGAACCAAGGUUCAACACCUUUCCUACCAACACAGCGGCAGCUUUGCGGGAUUCCUAUCAGCGAUCGCAGCAGAUAGCAGAUGAGAUGUGGAAAAGAUGGAUCAAAGAGUAUGUUCCAUCAAUCAAUCAGCGUACUAAGUGGUUUGGUGAAGCGACAAAUUUGAAAAGAGGCGAUUUGGUGUAUAUUGUAGAAGGAGACAAGCGGAAGAGUUGGGUACGCGGAAUAGUAGAGGAACCAAUAGUUUCUGGAGAUGGCAGAGUACGUCAAGCCUGGGUACGUACCAACAGUGGUAUUCUGAAGCGGGCGACAGCGAAACUUGCGGUGUUCGAAAUCAAUGAAAAUGACGCUGGACCGGAAGCAUCGGACCAGGUUCACGGGGCGGGGCAUGUUGCGGUAAACCUGUAG